CCUCAAUUUAGUUGUUAUUGGAAUUUAAGUAUUUGGAACUUAAUAAUUUAUAUUUUUUAAUGAGGUUCCUUUAGAUUAUAACACUAAAAUACUCAAAAAGAUGAAUUUCCUGAGGCAAGGGCUAUCCCUUAUUUCCAUGGGUAUCAAAUCACAAUUUAAUCAAUUAAAAGUUCCAGCUAUAAGAUGCAGUCAGGCACCAGCAGUCAGUACUCUCCCAUCAUUAGGACUAUUUUCACGAGCAAUGGCCUCACUUGCUCAAAUGCAUAGAACGGGACCACAUAUUAAGCAAAGAAAAUCUAGAAAUCCUCUCAAUGGUAACCCUUUUGCUAAGGGAGUUGUUCUGAAGACUUUAAUAAAGAAACCCAAAAAGCCUAAUUCAGCUAACAGGAAAUGUGUUUUGGUGCGUCUAUCUAAUGGGAAAGAGAUGGUAGCAUACAUCCCAGGCAUCGGGCACAAUCUGCAAGAGCACAACAUAGUCCUAGUUAGAGUUGGCAGGGUAAAAGAUUGUCCCGGUGUAAAGCUGAAGUGCGUACGCGGCAAACACGACUUGGCACACGUCGUCAAGCAGAAAGCUUAAGUAAACUGUUUUUUGUUAUUAAUUUUUAGUCAAAUUAUAUAGGAGA